CCUAUGGCCCAACAGUCGCCUGUUGGGAAGAGGCUGCCGCCGAUCCCAAAUACUGGCCCUCACAAGGUACUGUCUUUGAGCAGUCUGCCCGCGGUUGUCUUUCGUCGAGACUUGACUGUGCGGCCCCAGAAGGCACCUACCGAUUAUCUGAACCUGGACCUCAAGACCCCAAGGCUAAAUGGCAUUCAUCAGCACCUAUGGCUUGCUGGUCUUCCCGCUGUCGCAAGACCGUUACACAAGCAGAAACAACUUGGUCGCAGUUUAUUGAUCACCGAGGAUCCAGACGAGCAUUUGGUGUGGUUCGAAACGCAGAUCCUCUUGAAGCCUCUUCCUUUGUACCUUCUCGACUACACCUGGUGGGUCAAGCACCUCUGCGAAUCGGAGGAUCUAUAUCGUUCUGCUUGUGGUCUUCUCUUAUCAUAUGCCUGGCUCGUCGGCUACCCAUGCGAUCUUGAUAUUGCCAAAGAUGCUGGUCUACUGCCGCACGAAAUCUGUUGGCAUGACUGGAGCAGUUUCAUUGGGACUUUCCUCGAUAGCAUCGAUUCUGAUGUACUGAGCAAUUCGAACGAACGAUACCAGUACGGCGAGUUGCGGCUGAGUCGGCUCAACACCAUAUAUCGAUUUAUACUUCCUGCGCACUCGUUGCGAGGCUUUCUUCGUGGAUAUAAAUCGGGAUCAACGUGGUAUUCUGCAUACUACGGUGGCUAUGUCAGAGGGUUGCUAGUACUGUUCGCCAUGUUCUCUGUUACCCUCUCCGCAUUGCAAGUUGGCCUGGCCACUCCAAAUCUACAGAAGAACCACAGCUUUGGGGUUGCAUCGUAUGGAUUUACAAUUGCAACACUUAUCUUUAUCGUCAUAAGCGUGGCUAUUGCCUUUCUCUCCUGGGUUUUCCUCUUCUGGUACCAUUUGCUAUCGACUUGGUGGAACGAUAGAAAGAAAGGCAGGGAGUUGCACAGAGAUAGAGGAUAA